AAUCGCGGGGUCCCUCUAGCCCUAAUAAAAUAAGGCCUAAAUUGACUAAUGCGAACUGUGAAAUGUUAGGAAUAUAUGCAAUGAAAAAAUGAAGAUUGUCACUUGGAAUAUAAAUGGUAUCAGGACGUUUAAAGGCGGGAUUAAGAAAGCGCUGGACUUGUUAGACGCAGACAUAAUCUGUUUUCAAGAGACCAAAGUGACAAGAGACCUUUUGGACGAGAGAACUGCAAUCGUAGAUGGGUACAACUCGUACUUCAGCUUCAGUCGAGGACGUAGUGGUUACUCAGGGGUAGCGACGUUCUGCAAAGACAGUGCUACUCCUGUCGCCGCUGAAGAGGGACUGACAGGCCUGCUGACCAAUCACGGAGGGGCUGUGGGAUGCUAUGGCGACCAGGGAGAGUUAUCUACCGAGGAGCUGCAUCUGUUGGACAAUGAAGGCCGAGCUGUCAUCACACAGCACAGAGUAAUGUGCAAGAACCAGGAGAAAACUCUAACAGUUCUGAACGUGUACUGCCCACGGGCCGAUCCAGAGAAACCAGAACGCAGACUCUUCAAACUGCAGUUCUACAAGCUGCUCCAGGCGCGGGCUGAAGCCAUACUGGGAGCGGGGAGCUACGUGAUUGUGCUGGGAGAUGUGAACACCUCCCACCGGCCGAUAGACCACUGUGACCCGGACGACAUUGAAAACUUUGAAGACCAUCCUGGCAGGAAGUGGCUGGACAGCUUCCUGUUUGAGCGUAAUGAGGAGGAUGAAGAGGAUGAAGAGGGAGAUGAAGAACCAAUUGGUGAUGGCAAAUUCAUAGACACUUUCCGCUACUUCCACCCAACCCGUACCAAUGCCUUCACGUGCUGGUCCACCCUCACUGGAGCCCGGCAGACCAACUAUGGCACGCGCAUUGACUACAUCUUUGCCGACCGAGUGCUCACCGAGACAGAGUUCCUGGCCGCGGACAUCAUGCCGGAGGUGGAAGGGUCCGAUCACUGCCCGGUCCAGGCGCACCUUCGCUGCGCCCUCCUGCCCAACCCGAAGUGCCCUCCUCUCUGCACGCGCCACAUGCCCGAGUUUGCGGGCAGGCAGCAGAAACUCUCGCAGUUCCUGGUCAGGGUGGACCAGCAGGCUCUCAGGGACUCCAGGGAUUCUCUGCCCGGGUCGCAGGACUCGGGGGAGAUCCGCGAGAACCUCAACCCUUUGGAAACGGGAAACGGCACGGGCAAAAAGAGGGGGCCGGCAGCCGAGGCCUCCGCGCCUAAGGGCAAAAAAAGCAAGACCACCAGGAACGCAGCGAAGCCCCAGGGGAACCUCCUGGCCUUCUUCAAACCCAAACCUAGCCAGGCAGCCCACCUGUGCGAAGCGCCUCAGAAUCGCCUCGGGAACGGACAGGACGGCAAUGUCAUGGGUCCGUCUCAGGGCCUUGUGGUAGAGAAUCCCAGCAGGCAGGAACCUGUGGAGGGAGUGAACUCAGAAGAAAUUAAGGAGCUACAGGGAGGACAGGAGGAGUCGUCUUCAUCUAAUGAUGUCAGGAGUGUGGCUGCCAAAGAGGACCAGUGUAGAAACGGCAGGGCUACGCCCACAGAGGACGAUGAGGUCGUCACGUGCCCCAAGAAGGAAGGGUCGCUUGGGUUCUGGAAGUCGGUUUUACGUGGUCCGCCGCAGCCACCCAAUUGUAAGGUGCACGAUGAACCCUGCGUGCUGAGGACGGUUAAGAAGGCAGGGCCCAACAUGGGCAGGCAGUUCUUCGUGUGUGCCCGCCCACAGGGCCACGCCUCCAACCCUCAGGCACGCUGUAACUUCUUUGCUUGGGUGGACAAGGGGAAGUAGGCCGGACCUGCCUUGAAUCAGUGGUGCUGUGUACAUUGAGAGGUCGAUGAAACUUGAGUCCAAAGAUUUGACAUCAGUGGUUAUAGGAGGACUUCUCUGCUUGGAAAUCAGUCAGUGAAAGCAAGGGAAAGAGUAAGAAAGGGGUGAUCACUGUAGAACAGAGGUCUGUUAGGUUGCUUCAACUGCAUCCAGUUUUCACACAAAGCUGUUGUGAAAUGGAGACGACUGUCUUGACUUACAUGCACACUGAAAUCAAAUGCAUUCUCAUCAAGACCAGUGGUACUGAGUAUAUAAUUGGCCAGCUUUUCCAGGAAGCUGAAGGUAGUCAGACCAAACUACAGUGACACGAACACACAUUGAAGGGAAGUUCAUUAUUUUUAAGCCACCGACCAUUAUGAGCGACAGUUCAUCAUGAAGGUCUCCUCACCCAAGCUUGGUUUAACUAAGGGUUGACCAAGGACUGGAAAGAUAGAUUCGGUUGAAGAAUCUUGCAACCAAGUAUAAUAGUAUAUCAAAAAGAAACGUGUUACAUGUGUGUAACUCCUAACAGGGCUACAGAUCAUGAAUAAAAAAUCCAAAUUAGGUUCAUGCAAUUUGUGCCUCCCUUAUACGGUGUACUAACAAUCGUCAUCUGGUGCUAUCAGUACCUGUUACUGUUCCAGUUUAAUUGUGAGACCACCUAUACAUUCCAUCCAAGAUCACCAUUUUUAGUUUUCCAAUCCCACCUGCAGUGUUUGCAUUGGGC